AUGCCCUUUUUGAAUAGACUACAUAUUCCCGGUAGAUCUAAGCCAAUUCAACAACCCAAGCAAAUGGAUUACUACGCCCAAGAGUAUUAUUCGCAAGAUGAACAAGCUCAAUUGCCAUCACAGGUUUCCGCCCAGGGAGGAUUAGCUGCUUCUAGCUCCAAUCAUUCACACACUCUGGAACAGACACCAGAACAAGUUCAAUUACAGCAGGAGCAACAACAGCGGCAACUUGCUCAACAGCCACAACCACAGCAACAUGAACAAUCUAUUCCAAUAGAACAACAGCAAGCCCAAGGAGAAGUGGAAACUCAGCCACAGCAACCACAGGUAGUACUCCCGAGUCAGAGCCUUCAUCUUAAGUCUGCGGUGUCCAAAGGGAAGUACUCUCUGACUGACUUCCAUAUCAUGCGGACUCUCGGUACUGGAUCUUUUGGUAGGGUUCAUUUGGUGAGGUCGGUUCAUAAUGGGCGAUUUUAUGCCAUCAAGGUUCUCAAGAAAGCUCAAGUUGUUCGUCUCAAACAAGUUGAACAUACCAAUGAUGAGAGACGCAUGUUGAAACUGGUAGAGCACCCUUUCCUGAUUCGAAUGUGGGGAACCUUUCAGGAUGCUAAGAACUUAUUUAUGGUGAUGGACUAUAUCGAAGGUGGAGAACUGUUUUCAUUGCUGCGCAAGUCUCAACGUUUUCCCAAUUCAGUGGCUAAAUUUUAUGCUGCGGAAGUCACUUUAGCUAUAGACUAUUUGCACUUGCACAAUAUCAUCUACAGAGAUCUUAAACCUGAGAAUAUUUUAUUGGACCGUCAUGGUCACAUAAAGAUUACCGAUUUUGGAUUUGCCAAGCAGGUUGAGACUGUGACAUGGACAUUGUGUGGUACUCCAGAUUACAUCGCCCCUGAAGUGAUUACCACAAAACCCUACAAUAAAUCAGUAGAUUGGUGGUCUUUAGGAAUUCUAAUCUACGAAAUGUUGGCUGGAUGUACUCCAUUUUAUGAUCAGACUCCCAUCAAGACUUAUGAGAAGAUCCUGGCAGGUAAGGUUCAUUACCCAUCUCACUUCCACCCAGAUGCUGUGGACUUGUUGGGAAGCCUGAUUACGGCAGACCUUACCAGAAGAUUGGGUAACUUACGAAAUGGUGCCCACGAUAUCCGAAACCAUCCAUGGUUUGGAGAAGUUGUUUGGGAGAAGCUUUUGCUAAAGGACAUUGAGACUCCUUACGAACCUCCGAUUACCGCGGGAGUUGGCGACACUUCGUUGUUUGAUCAUUACCCUGAAGAGCAGCUAGACUAUGGGGUUGCUGGAGAGGAUCCAUACGCACAGCAUUUUCAAGACUUUUAA